GGUGCGGUCAAAAUCCAGCCGCUCGCUUCCGCCCAGGUGAGAGCGCAGAGCAGCCGGCGACCCGGGAGCAGCCAGGCCUUUUACAACCCGCCUCUGCGGACCAGGUUAUUCUGACUGAUUCCAAAGAGAUCAAAUUCACCAUGCCUGAAAAUCCUGCAGCAGAUAAGCAGCAGGUGCUACAAAUUCUUGAUCGUCUGCAAAUGAAACUGCGAGAGAGAGGGGAGACUUCACAGAAUGAAAACCUGACUAUUUUAUGUAACACACUCAGAAGCCCUUUGUUUAAUCAGAUACUGACCCUUCAGCAGUCCAUCAAGCAACUGAAGGAGCAACUCAAUUACAUGCCUUCAGACCGUUCAGUGGACUUUGAUUUUACUAAGAGAGGGUUACUAGUAUUUGAUGCUGACAGAUCCAUUACUAAUGGGAACAUGUAUAUGGCUUAUAAUUCAUCUGGACCCAGAGUAGAUCCACUCAAUCCAAAACUAGGAGCUGAUGAAUUCAAUAUGAUGAUCCAAGGGAUGGCAAAGGGCAGGCAAAUAGAAUACAUAGAUAUAGAAAAACCAUCUGUUGGAGGCCUUGGUUUUAGUGUGAUUGCCCUUAAAAAUCAAACGGUGGGAGAAGCUGGUAUCUUUGUCAAGGAAAUCCAACCAGGAAGCAUAGCUGCCAGGGAUCAGAGAUUAAAGGAAAAUGACCACAUUCUGGCCAUUAACCACACCCCGUUGGAUCAGAAUAUUUCCCAUCAGCAGGCUAUUGCACUGCUCCAACAAUCCACAGGAUCUUUACAUCUGGUUGUUGCUAGAGAGUCAGUCCAAAGAAACAGUGGAGCUUCAGCUGUCUUAAGUGACACACAUCCGCCUGAAACUAUUCAAUGGGGCCAUGUUGAAGAAGUUGAACUGAUUAACGAUGGCUCAGGAUUAGGUUUUGGAAUUGUAGGAGGAAAAUCAAAUGGUGUUGUUGUAAGGACUAUUGUUCCAGGCGGAUUAGCAGAUCGGGAUGGGAGACUGAGAACAGGAGAUCACAUCUUACAGAUUGGAGGAACCAAUGUACAAGGAAUGAUCAGUGAACAAGUUGCCCAAGUGCUGAGAAACUGUGGGAAUUCUGUUAGGAUGGUGGUUGCAAGAGAUCCAGCAUGUGAGAUUACUGUGACGCCACCAACCCCUCUGAGCCUGCCUGUUGGUGCAUUGCCCUUCUCUCCGGACAAAGGUGCUAACACCCCUCUUUUUGAUACCUAUGAUGUGGAGCUUACAAAAAAAGAUGGACAAAGCCUUGGUAUAACAAUUAUUGGAUAUACUGGAACAUCUGAUGUGGCAGAUUCUUCAGGGAUCUUUGUGAAAAAUAUAAUACCUGGCAGUGCUGCAGAUCACAGUGGCCUUAUACAAGUCCAGGACAAAAUUGUUGCUGUUGAUGGGAUUAAUGUUCAGGAUUGCUCCAACCAAGAAGUGGUGGAGGCGCUGCGUCGCACUGGCCAGGUGGUGCACCUUACCUUGCUUCGACAGAAACCUGCUCAUGCUUCUUUCUCUUCAGGAAGAUCUUUAGAGAGAGAGCAGCCAAAUAUGCCAGCCUUAGUCCUGUCUGGAGCUGUAGAGACGGAAACUAAUUUGGAUAGUGAGAAUGAGGAGGAUCAAGAGGACAAAGAUAAUUUUGAAAAUGAAAAGAAGCAAAAUCUACACAAAAUAGGAAGAGACCCAGACUCUCCAGAAAAGGAGUUGAAAUCCAAAUGGGGAAAACUGCUGGGACCUGAUUAUGAAGUCAUGGUGGUUCGUGUGGACAUGCCAAUUACAGAUGAUGCUGAGCUCCAGAAAUACUCAAAGCUAUUGCCUCUCCACACUUUGAGAUUAGGAGUUGAACUUGAUACAUUUGAUGGACAUCACUACAUAUCUUCAAUUGCUCCAGAUGGUCCAAUUGCUAUGCUUGGCCUACUGCAACUGGAGGAUGAACUUCUAGAGGUAAAUGGAGUUCAGCUUUAUGGAAAAUCCCGCCGUGAGGCAGUUUCUUUUCUGAAAGAAGUGCCGCCUCCAUUCACUCUGGUUUGUUGUCGGCGCCUGUUCGACGAUGGCGGCGAAUCCUUUGUGGAUGAGCUCAGCACCAUCGAGGUUUCGUCUCCGGAGCCAAAGAUGAAACCAGAAGUAGACCUUCAUCCUGAAGAGGAAGGAGAUGGUGAACUAGCAUUGUGGUGUCCUGAUGUGAAAGUUAUUGAACUAGAAAAAGACUAUAAAGGUUUAGGAUUCAGCAUUUUAGAUUAUCAGGAUCCCCUAGAUCCAACAAGAACGGCCAUUGUGAUCAGCUCUCUGGUAGCGGGUGGAGUAGCCGAACGCGGGGGUGAACUGUUACCAGGCGACCGCCUGGUUUUUGUAAAUGAGAAAUAUUUGGACAAUGCCACUCUAGCAGAGGCGGUAGAAGUGUUGAAAUCUGUGCCCCCAGGUACUAUUCGCCUUGGCAUCUGCAAGCCUUUGGUGGGAGAAAGCAAAGAGGAGGAGAACUUUUGCAUUGUGGAUCCCAGCACCAUUGAAGACCACUCUGCAUCUCCAGCACCAAUAAAUGAUAUUCAUUCAUCAAUAAUGCUCGAGGCACCACAGGGUUUUAGAGAUGAAACAUUCUUUCAAGAAGAACUUGUCGAUGAACCACUUCUGGAUUUGGGAAGACCAUUUCAGCUAGCUCAGAAUGAAACAGAACAUAAGGAGUCCUGGGAAAUGCAUGAAUUCCUUAAGGCUAAAAUGGAGGAAAUGGGUGAAGAGCGGGAAAUGUUAGUGGAUGAAGAGUAUGAUGUGGACCCGGAUUAUUUUACAUAUGCCUCAUCACAUGUAGAGGACACAACUCCACCUGCUGGGAAGAACCUGGUUUCUAUUGGAGAAUGGGCGAAGCAACUUGAGCCAACUAAAACACCAGAUUUAAGAUCCCUUAUUAGCACAAAUGCUAAGCAGUCCCCACAUUACCUGUAUGAUGAUGAAGAAACGUAUGAAGCCACAGUGGAGAACAACUGCCAAACAGCCAUAUUUGAUGAUAUUGAAAUGACUGAGUCAGUAGCAAAAAGCAAACUGGAUUUAGGUACGAGGCUUCAGAACGACUCAAAAAGACGUAGGUUAGUUGACCUUGAAGCAGCUGAAAGGGAUGAACAAAAGAUGGAGGAUUACAUUCUUUCCAGGAACCAGGAAACUGGGAGAGCUGUCACUCCUGCUCAGCCUGCAGCAGUGUUGUCCAGUGAAUUACCUGAACGAGAAGAAGGAGAAGGAGAAGAAACUCCAAACUUCAGUCAUUGGGGACCAUCCCGAAUUGUUGAAAUCUUCAGAGAGCCUCACAUGUCUCUUGGAAUCAGUAUUGUUGGUGGGCAAACUAUUAUAAAGCGCCUAAAGAAUGGAGAGGAACUUAAAGGUAUCUUUAUCAAACAAGUCUUGGAAGACAGCCCAGCUGGAAGAACAAAAGCCCUAAAAACUGGGGAUAAAAUACUUGAGGUGUCUGGAGUAGACUUACAAAAUGCCACGCAUGAGGAAGCAGUGGAAGCUAUCAAGAAUGCAGGAAAUCCUGUUGUUUUUGUUGUUCAGAGUUUGUCUAGUACCCCAAGAGUGGUCUCCGUGGUACAGUCUAAGAUAAAUAAAGCCAAGAAAGAUCAGGACACAGAAAGAGAAAACAAAAAUGAGAAGGAACUGCCAGCUAAAUCCUCCAGCCCCACAGAAAAUCAGAGAAAAGUGGGGGCACCACCUCCGAUGAAGUUGCCACCUCCUUAUAAAGCACCCAAAAGACUCCAGUCAGAGGAGGAUGCUGUGGAGGAGGAGGAUUUUUAUACAGAGGAGAAAAUCAGACAAAGAUAUGCAGAUCUGCCAGGGGAGUUGCACAUUAUUGAGCUUGAGAAAGAUAAGAAUGGGCUUGGACUCAGCCUUGCUGGCAACAAGGACAGGUCUCGUAUGAGCAUUUUCAUAGUUGGCAUCAAUCCAGAUGGACCUGCAGGAAGAGAUGGAAGAAUGCACAUUGGUGAUGAACUUUUAGAGAUAAACAAUCAGAUAUUGUAUGGAAGAAGCCACCAAAAUGCCUCUGCAAUAAUUAAGACUGCUCCGUCAAAGGUCAAAUUGGUUUUCAUACGAAAUGGAGAUGCAGUUAACCAAAUGGCUGUUACUCCUUUCCCAUUACCUUCCAGCUCCCAGUCUUCCAUUGAGGAUCACAGUGGCACUGAACAUGCAAGCAGUGAAGAAGAUUGCAGCUCAGAAGUUGUCAUGAAAAGCUUGACUGAUGAUGAAUGUAUCAAAAUGGAUGUCAGAAACAAAGCUGACAAACAGAUGUUGAUGGUAGAUCAGCAGGAUUUGGUGGAGCAACUUCCAGAAAAUGUCCUCAAUCAGUUAAAACAAUCAAAGUCUUCAACCAAAGCACCCACCAGUUUACAUGAGAUAUCUUUGGCACCAACACCUUCUUAUCUUUCUCCAGAGGCAGAGUUCACCAGCCAUAGCAAUGUACUGCCUCCUCUGUUGCCAGUGGAUCCAGCCACAUGCCCAAUUGUUCCAGGGCAAGAGAUGACUAUAGAAAUAUCCAAGGGGCGAUCAGGCCUUGGUCUCAGCAUUGUAGGAGGAAAAGAUACUCCACUUGAUGCUAUAGUUAUCCAUGAAGUUUAUGAAGAAGGGGCAGCAGCUAGAGAUGGUCGACUCUGGGCUGGUGAUCAGAUUCUUGAGGUUAAUGGCAUUGAUUUGAGGAAUGCUAGUCAUGAAGAAGCUAUCACAGCCUUGAGACAGACACCUCAAAAGGUGCAACUGGUUGUUUAUAGAGAUGAAGCUCAUUAUAAAGAUGAAGAGAAUUUGGAGAUUUUCUAUGUAGAUCUACAAAAGAAAACAGGCAGAGGACUAGGUCUAAGCAUUGUUGGAAAACGAAAUGGAAGUGGAGUGUUUGUUUCUGACAUUGUUAAAGGAGGAGCUGCAGACCUGGAUGGGAGAUUAAUACAAGGAGAUCAGAUCUUGUCUGUUAAUGGGGAGGAUAUGAGGAAUGCCUCACAAGAGGUUGUUGCCACUAUCCUCAAGUGUGCUCAAGGGCUAGUGCACCUAGAGAUUGGAAGACUGAGAGCUGGUUCUUGGUUAUCAUCACAGAAAACAUCCCAAAGCAGUCAGGUGAACCAAUACAGCAUGCACAGUCACUUUCAUCCUGCACUGGCUCCAGUCAUCACUACCUUACAGAACUUUGUCAGCACCAAGAGGCUGUCGGCAGAUGCAUCUCCGAGAAAUUCAGUAGAAGCAGAUAUGGACCUGAGGACUGUGGAGAUAUUGAGGGGACCAAAUGAUGCCCUUGGUAUCAGUAUAGCAGGAGGGAAGGGAAGCCCAUUAGGAGAUGUUCCAAUCUUUAUCGCCAUGAUUCAAGCCAGUGGAGUAGCAGCACGUACCCAAAGGCUCAAAGUUGGAGAUCGGAUUGUCAGUAUUAAUGGGCAACCUUUGGACGGGCUGUCUCACGCUGAUGCUGUUAAUCUACUAAAGAAUGCUUAUGGGAGCAUUAUCCUGCAGGUUGUAGCCGACACCAAUAUCAGUGCCAUAGCUAGCCAAUUAGAGAGCAUGUCUGCUGGAUGUAAUCUUAACUCGCCUACUCUUGAUUGUCAUUCUGAAGAUCCAGAGGCUCCUCAGCCUAAGAUUAUUGCUUUGGAGAAAGGUUCUGAUGGCCUGGGUUUUAGUAUUGUAGGGGGAUAUGGAAGUCCCCAUGGAGACCUGCCCAUUUAUGUCAAGACUAUAUUUGCCAAGGGAGCAGCUGCGGAUGAUGGCAGAUUGAAGCGCGGCGAUCAGAUUUUAGCAGUUAAUGGAGAAGCUUUGGAAGGUGUUACUCAUGAGCAAGCUGUAGCUAUUCUGAAAUGCCAGAAAGGAUCUGUAACCUUAACAGUGUUAUCAUGAAUCUCAUUGCACAUGUGGAGAUGAAUGCAAUUAUUUUAAAACAGCGUAGAGCUGCUAUGAUAAUGUACAGUCCUGAGUGAGAUGAAAAACAAACUCCAGAUAAAAUUAGUAUAUUCUAAUCCUAUUGCCUCUAUUGUUUCAUUUAGUCUUAUAAAUGAAGCUUAUUGGUCAGUGAUUUUUCUACUUCUUUAAUAUCUUGUGGCUUCUGUUUCCUCUCAACAAGGUUAACUUAGAAAACUUUAAUGAACUAUAUGUGUUUUACUUUAGUUAAACAUCAGUUUAUCCCCACCAAUGGGAAAUCCCUGUUACAAUUGCUGAAACUGGAAUUAACGCGCACACACAAAAGAGAAUUUAGAUCAUCAUCUGAUGAUCAGAAAUAAAUGCUAAGUGAUUUGUCAUCUCACUCAUUAUUUACUUAUGCUAAUUGUCCUUUCAAGUAUGUCAGAAAACAUUAAUAAUGUAAUUAAAUUACCACAGUUCCAAAUGACGAAAUAUCCGAUUCUCCUCUGGGAAAGUGUUUGUGCUCUGCACAGUAAGUUUGACAGUCAAUGCUAACUUUUCAUAUUUAUCACUCUGGAUAGGUCCAUGCCAGUUAGUGAUUAUUAUUAUAAAUAAUAAAUAAAAUAAAUUAAUUAAUGGAGAUAUCCUAUCUCCUAGA